AUGAAUGAAUCUGCAGAAAAUUUCGGUCGUACGUCGUACCGAGUUAAUCGGUUGACGUAUAAUCAGCGGGAAUUCAUAGAUGAAUUCCACGAAAUUCCAAAAGGCAAACUUACUGCUUCAAGAAUUAAAGCAUCUCUUCUGAAAAUUAGACUACGAACCUUCGGCUUUGAGCUGUUCCCUGUUUUCAGGUCGUUACUUUCUUUUUACAAUCUGCAUAAUUUUGCUCUUGAUGUGAUUGCCGGGGUGACUAUGGCAUUUUUUCACUUACCUCAAGGAAUGGCCUAUGGUGCACUUGCUGGUCUUCGUCCAGUAAAUGGUCUAUAUGCGUCUUUCUUUCCUGUUCUGGCGUAUUUCUUUUUUACGACAUCAAGACACAAUUCUUUCGGUACAUUUUCGUUAGCCGCUCUUUUAUUUUGCAACCCAAUCAACCGGAUCACAAACCUGUACUACGUCCCAAGUCAUUCCAACAGCAGUAUUGGCAUGAGUGACGAUGAGUAUAAUUUCAGGCUUAAUGUUGCUGUGACCCUGGCAUUUUCUGUUGGAAUACUGCAGGUAAUCAUGGCAUUGCUCCAAUUCGGCUUCCUGGUAACCUACCUGUCUGGUCCGUUUAUAAGUGGUUUCAUGUGUGCUUCUGCAUUCCACGUGGUAACUAGCCAACUCAACUCAAUGUUUGGUCUCAAACGUCGCCUCUUUCUCCUACAGGUCAUUCUCUCUACAGUCCUGUCGCAUUUCAUUGGCUUCUCGCAGCGUUGGGGUGUCCAAGUGGUUGGCCAAAUACCCUUCGGGCUUCCUGCACCGGUGGUGCCAACAUUUGCCUACUUCUCCGAUCUCAUAGCUGACAUCUUCGUCAUCGGCGCAGUCGUCUUCGCCGUGAAUGCUGGUCUCGUGAAGACCUACGCUACGGAAUUCGGCUACGAUGUUCUAGAUAACCAGGAAUUGCUAGCAGUUGGCAUCAGCAACGCGUUCGCCUCCUUCUUCCAAUGCCACACCGCUUGUGGUGCACUUGGACGAACAGCUGUUGUUGUGACAAUCGGCAUGACUUCACAGAUUGCCUCUCUGAUAUCCUGCGGAUUGCUCUUACUAAUUCUCUUCUUUAUCGCGCCAUACUUGGAAGCACUCCCGCAGGCUGUAUUGGCUUCGGUGGUGUGUGUUGCUUUGACGAGCACCUUCAAGAAGAUCCUCGACCUCAGACGUCUGUGGAAGGUUUCCAAAGUCGAUGCGUCAAUCUGGCUUGUCUCCUUCUUGGCAACGCUGACAAUCGACAUCGUCUACGGCGUGGCUAUCGGCUUCAUCUACUCUCUGUUGACAGUGGUCUCAAGAAGUCAAUAUGGCGACCGUUUUCUGCUUGGCUCGGCCAGGGACACGGACCUCUACUCUGAACUAAAACGCUUCGAGGAGCUCCACGAGCUCGACGGCAUCAAGAUCAUCCGCUACGACGGUCCAGUCUACUUCGCCAAUGUCGACUCCUUCCAGAAAACCGUCUAUCGGCUGUCUGGCGUGAACCCGACACUGGCGCAACAGCAAGCGGGGAAGAAGCAGUUGCGUUGCAGACUGUUCCUCUUCAAGUCGAGGUCCGGUGACGCCCGCAAGGCGACGUGUCCUGUCGCAGCCGACAAAAAAGAUCGCACGGACGCGGCCCCUACUGACUCCUACUCUACGGUGGCUUGUGAACCGGAAAACGAUGGCGACAUGUCCAAGAGCCCAGCCAAACAGCUGCGUUUCGUAAUUCUCGACGCUUCAGGGUGGAUGUUCACGGACACUGUCGGGAUGCGAGGCCUAAAAGAGGUGUGUGGGGGUGUGCUUUUGUGCAGCUUAAAACCAGGCGCUCCUGCUUUCAUAUUUGCUAAUUACCUGUGA